AUGACUGCUCUCCGGAACCCGAAGGGAACAACCAUUGCAUCGAAAAGGGGGAUGGAGAAAAUCAUCUACGACUUCUACUCUGAUCUCUUCGGCAGCCAUGUCCACUUGCUUCCUCACCAUCUGAGGGAAGGCGGACAUGUCAUUCCAAAGGUUCUUCCGGUCGAAAUACGACAUGCUAUUAUGUCGGUAACAAAUCGUACGGCACCCGGUCCCGACAGAAUAAAACCAGAACAACUGAAGAACCUUCCGCCAGUACUCAUCAACACCCUGGCGAGGAUCUUCACACUUUAUCUGUUGGAAUGCAAGUUUAUCUGUUGGAAUGUUCGUAAACAGUGGAAGACCAGCAAGACCGUGCUUGUUGUAUAA